AUGGGAGCUCAGUGUAAAACUAACCGGGUUUCUCUCCUCAGCCCAAACAGUGCCGCAGCCGCCUGCCGUGUGGGAUCAGAGCUGGCCGGUCAGCAGCCGCGGGGCCAGAGCCAAGACACACUUAAACUGCUACACGACGUCAGGCCUCGGGGUUGUGGUGAGGAGGAGGAGCGCGCCAUGAGGAAGAGCGUGUCUCCGUUGCCAGGCGACGGAGGCGGGAGCUCGGCGGGCAGCGCGCGGGUCUUCGGCGUCCCGCUGGAGCAAGUGGAGCACGCUCUCACGGUCGGCGGACACGAGGUCCCAGCGCUGGUCAAACACAUCGUGGAGUUCAUCGAGGAGCACGGCGACGUGGACAUGGAGGGCGUGUUCCUGGUGAACGGUAACGCAGAGCGGGUGGAGUGGCUGAGGCAGAAGUUCGACAGCGGGGAGGAGGUGGUGCUGCAGCGGGAGGCAGACCUCUCCUCCGCUGUGUCUCUGCUCCGGCUGUUCCUGCAGGAGCUUCCCGAGCCGGUCAUCCCCACGACCAUCCAGACACUCAUCCUGGAGCUGCAGCGAGGAGAGCGAGGUGAGGAGGAGGAGCAGUGCAGACAGGUGAAGUCUCUCCUCCAGACGCUUCCUCCAGUGAACUUCGGCCUCCUCCGCUUCCUCUGCCGCUUCCUGACCAGCGUGGCGUCUCUGCAGCCGGAGCGCUGGAGCGUGGGUGCUCUGGCCGCCGUCUUUGGACCGGACGUAUUCCAUCUGUCCCCAGAGGAGCUCCGGGAGCAGGAGAGCGUGAGCAGAGUGCUGGCAGAGCUGCUGGAGCAUCAGGAAGAGCUGUUCGACUCCGAGGAAGAAGACGCCUCCAGCACCAACGAGUACAGCUCAAUCAAUGAACAGAUCACGGAGCUUCUGGACGACGACAAGUGUGAAGCUGAAUGUGAAGACCUGCCGCAGGACGGAGACGAGGGCUCCUCCCAAUCACCACAAUCACCACAAACCCACCAGAGCGACUCCAGCUCCCACCUCUCUCCCAUAUCCAUCCUCCCCGCCGACUCAGCCCAGAUCAUAGAGCAGACCAUCAGAGCGGCCGUAGAGCAUCAUCUCCUGGAGCUGAAAACUUCCAUCGACCAAGAUCUGAGCUUCAAGAAUCACAGGAUCAGUGCGACGGAAGCAUGCGGUCGUCACGGUGACAGAGGUCAACAAACGCAAGAUCUGCGCGACGCCGAGGCUCCGGCCGCGGGAAGCCAUGAAGAGGAUCCGGAGGCCACCCCAGAGGAAAGCUCCAGGAUGGACCUGGAUCAGAACAGCAUCAACACUGCCAGGCAGGACAAUCAACCUUGUGAAACCAUGGGGGAAACCAUGGGGGAAACCGACAUCGACUGCUGUGACUUGGAUUCAUGUCGGUGCGAUCAGAACGCCAACACCAGCGAACAACACAACCGGAACCACCCGUCGCCGUGCCAACCGCAUCACCCCGGCCCCUCCCCUCACCUGCAGCUGUUCCCUGACGACCAAUGGGAAGCUCCUCUCCUCUCUCAUGUCCACCUCCCUCCCAUAGACUUCUCAUGUAUGCACCUGCAGAGAGGAGGCCAGGAGAGGGGGGGAGAGAGAGAGAGUGGCCAGAGAGAGAGCCAGAGGCUAGAGGCUAGAGGGAGAGGAGAGGCCAGCGGGAGAGGAGAGGCCAGAGGGAGAGGAGAGGCCAGAGGGAGAGGAGAGGCCAGCGGGAGAGGAGAGGCCAGAGGGAGAGGAGAGGCCAGAGGGAGAGGAGAGGCCAGAGGGAGAGGAGAGGCCAGAGGGAGAGGAGAGGCCAGAGGGAGAGGAGAGGCCAGAGGGAGAGGAGAGGCCAGAGGGAGAGGAGAGGUCAGAGGGGAGAGGAGAGGCCACAGGGAGAGGAGAGGCCACAGGGAGAGGAGAGGCCACAGGGAGAGGAGAGGCCAGGGAGAGGAGAGCAGGAGAGGAGAGGCCAGAGUGAGAGGAGAGGCCAGAGUGAGAGGAGAGGCCAGAGUGAGAGGAGAGGCCAGAGUGAGAGGAGAGGCCAGAGUGAGAGGAGAGGCCAGAGUGAGAGGAGAGGCCAGAGUGAGAGGAGAGGCCAGAGUGAGAGGAGAGGCCAGAGUGAGAGGAGAGGCCAGAGUGAGAGGAGAGGCCAGAGUGAGAGGAGAGGCCAGAGUGAGAGGAGAGGCCAGAGUGAGAGGAGAGGCCAGAGUGAGAGGAGAGGCCAGAGUGAGAGGAGAGGCCAGAGUGAGAGGAGAGGCCAGAGUGAGAGGAGAGGCCAGAGUGAGAGGAGAGGCCAGAGUGAGAGGAGAGGCCAGAGUGAGAGGAGAGGCCAGAGUGAGAGGAGAGGCCAGAGUGAGAGGAGAGGAGAGAGAGGAGAGGCCCAGAGUGAGAGGAGAGGCCAGAGUGAGAGGAGAGGCCAGAGGGAGAGGAGAGGCCAGAGGGAGAGGAGAGGCCAGAGGGAGAGGAGAGGCAGGAGAGAGAGGCCAGAGGGAGAGGAGAGGCCAGAGUGAGAGGAGAGGCCAGAGUG